AUGAGAGACAUAACUUCUAUAAAGCUGAUUUUGAAAAAAGAUGUAACCAACUCUCCAUGGGAGAGUAACCUGGCUUCUUGCUCCUCGGUGGAUGAAAUAACUAACAAAUUUUCUAAAAGUUCUAUCUUAAAAUAUGUUCCUAAAAGCAAACCAGCAUCAAAAAAGUUUCCCCCGUGGUAUACCAGGGAUCUUAUUCGCCUUUCACCUGAGAAGUAUCGGCUCAGGAUGAGAUACAAAAAGAACAAUAACCCACUCGACGAACUGGCAUUCCGUACAAUUAAAAAACGGUGCUCUGAUUUAACAGGAUCUUGUUAUCUUAAAUAUAUAACUGAUCUCGAAAAGUCCCUAUCAGUAAAUACAAAAAAUUUUUGGACCUUCCUCAAGAGUAAAAAAGUCAAUAGCAACGCGUAUCCAUCUGCAAUGACAUUCGAUGAUAAAGAAAAAACUUGUGGAACUGGUAUUUGUAAUCUUUUUGCUUCCUAUUUUGCCUCGGUUUACCGACCAAGCUUGCCUCUCUGCAAUGUACCUGAUCUAGAAUACUCAGUCUCUUGCUUCCUUGGAAGUCUCACCCUUAGACGGGAGGAUGUUCUGAAAACUCUGAAAGGACUAGAUAGGACUAAAGGAGCAGGCCCAGAUGGAAUAUCCUCUUUGUUAGAAUUACUGCUUUUAAAAUGUAGGUUUGGCGAACCCAUAGCACCUUACAUUUCCUGUACUGUUCGUCAGUAG